AUGGAACAUGAGGGCGCUCUCAAGAGGAAGGACACAACUAAAGGUCCGCCUUUGCGGAUACUUUCGUUAGAUGGCGGAGGGGUUCGUGGUUAUUCAAUGAUAAUCAUCCUGCAAGAGUUGAUGCACAGAGUCUACGUCGAGAUCGAAGGCAAGGCACCGCGACGCGACCAGAUACCGAAACCAUGCGACCAUUUCGACCUCAUCGUCGGCACCGGUACAGGCGGCCUUAUCGCCAUCAUGCUGGGUCGCCUGAGGCUCGACCUUGAGACGUGCAAGGAACUAUACGUGCGCAUGACGAGGAUGGUCUUUCAGACGGACAAAACCAUUGCUGGAAUACCAUACCGAUCCACCUUGUUCAAGGCCUCCAUGCUCGAGCAGGCCAUCAAAGAAGCCGUGAGGGAACACACCGCGUCCGAUGAAGAGGGCAAUGAUGGCACAGGUUCCUCAGGUUACCCAUUGUCCCCCGCUUCAAGAGCGAGCGCGGCCUCGAGGGUCAGUAGGCACACGAGCAAUGCCAGCGUCGUGAGCUUCAGUGCGCGCAGUCCGCAGGCCCAGAUGGCACGCCCGGCAUUCCGGGGUGGAUAUGGUGACCCCAACGCAAAACUUUACGAUGAGAGAGAGGACAGGACCAAAACUGCUGUUACGGCGUAUUAUAAGGGCACACCAAAGGGCGGAGAGCCCGCAUUGCUUCGCUCGUACGACUCGAGAAAAGAGCCCGCCCCAGAAUACGAUUGCAAGAUUUGGGAGGCGGGGCGCGCGACUUCAGCUAUUGGACUGGCCUUCAAACCAAUCAGGGUCGGUCAGUCGCUGUUCCACGACGAUGGCAGCGGCCAGUUUAACCCCUCUCCCACCGCUCUUGAUGAGGCGACAGUCAAUGAAUGGCCUGGAAGGGAAGUCGGAGUCUUUGUCAGUGUUGGUACAGGUCGUAGACCCAAAGGCACUGACACAAACUCCCACCAAUGGUACGAAGGCUUCCUGGGCGAUUUCGCUGAAGCAAGGAAAAAGCUUAUCGCCAAGAUCGAGAACUGCGAGGUCAUCCACGAGUACAUGAAAAAAGAACACCUUAUGAAGCGGGGCGUCAACGCCGAGAAUUACUACCGUCUCAACGUCGAGGUUGGAGUUGGCGAGUUUGGUAUGAAUGAAUGGCAUCGCUUAUCCGAAAUUAGCACUGGCACAAGGCGGUAUAUGUCAAGACCCGACGAACAGAAGAUGAUUCAGGGCUCGUCGUCCAAGCUUGCCAAGAUUCAUAGGGCAAAACAACGAUGGGAGAGAAUGGGUAGUAAUGUGCCUGGUGUCGUUUCUCCCUCAGCCACCUACACCAACUAUGAUUCCAUCAAUUUCCCUCUGGCUGUCGAGCUUCCCGGCGAUUUCCCACCACCAAUGCCAUUGCACACAACUCCUCCAAGUAGGCAGUCUUACGACUCUGGGAUUGAUCGUUUGUCCCUUCCAGGUUCAAACGCAGCCUACACACCAUCUCCGAGAAGUUCCAACGAGAGGAUUCGCCCACCGACUAGUCACGCAUCACCGCCGCUACAGCCAGUUCAAGAAUACACGCCAUCCUCACAAAGUCCAGUGGUUACUGCAACCAAGCCAGUUAUCGACGAUCCUGAUCGGUUGAUGGUGACGGCGCCUACGCCUGCGCAGUACCAUAAUGAAUCGGGGGCUGACAAAAUCAUGAUCACAAGUCUUGAUGAGGCUCCUCGCAGACAGCAAAGCAUUCCAAUAGUACAGUCUUCUGUGCCACAAGGUUUCCGCAUCGAACCCCUUGCUCCCCCAAGGCCGCCUAAAACGCCACUUCAGGAGGACAUGAAGCAUCCAGCACUUCGUCAAGGGAGGGGAGGCUCGACUCUUCCAUACCCUUUGGAUGAUGACCACCCUCCUCCACCAGUGAAUAUGGCUAAGAAGCCCGCUCACCGUGGCAGAUGA